AUGGCAGGACCCGGGAGUUGGAGGGACAAGGAGGUGACAGAUCUGGGCCAGUUGCCGGAUCCAACUGGAAUAUUCUCACUUGAUAAAAUCAUUGGAUUUGGUACUUACGGAAGAAUCUAUUUGGGAAUCCAUGAAAAGACUGGUUCUUUUGUGGCUAUUAAAGUAAUGAAUGCCCGGAAGAAUCCUUUGCCUGAAAUAGGAAAGCGCGUGAGAGUGAACAAAUACCAAAAGUCUGUUGGAUGGAGAUACAGCGAUGAAGAAGAGGAUCUUAGGACUGAACUCAAUCUGCUGAGGAAGUACUCUUUCCACAAAAACAUUGUGACCUUCUAUGGUGGGUUUUUCAAGCUGAAUCCACCUGGCCAUCAGCACCAACUUUGGAUGGUAAUGGAGCUAUGUGCAGCAGGCUCGGUCACUGACGUAGUGAGGAUGACAAGAAAUCAGAGUUUAAAAGAAGACUGGAUCGCUUAUAUCUGCCGAGAAAUCCUUCAGGGCUUAGCUCACCUUCAUGCGCACCAUGUAAUUCACCGGGACAUCAAGGGGCAAAAUGUGCUGCUGACUCAUGAGGCUGAAGUCAAAAUAGUGGAUUUUGGAGUGAGUGCCCAAGUGAGCAGAACAAAUGGACGGAGAAAUAGCUUCAUUGGUACACCGUACUGGAUGGCCCCCGAGGUGAUUCACUGUGAUGAAGACCCAAGACGUUCCUAUGAUUACAGAAGUGAUGUAUGGUCUGUGGGGAUCACUGCUAUUGAAAUGGCUGAAGGGGCUCCUCCUUUGUGUAAUCUUCAGCCUCUGGAAGCCCUUUGUGUUAUUCUACGGGAAGCUGCUCCCACAGUCAAAUCCAGUGGAUGGUCCCGUAAGUUCCAGAAUUUCAUGGAAAAUUGCAUGAUAAAAAAUUUCCUAUUCCGUCCUACAUCUGGAAACAUGCUUCAUCACCCAUUUGUCCAUGAUAUAAAAAAUGAACGACGUGUUGUGGAGUCCUUGACAAAGCAUCUUACUGGGAUCAUUCAAAAGAGAGAGAAAAAAGGAAUGCCUCUAGUCCUCGAAGGAGAAGAAGCUAUUAAUGAACAGUACAUCACAAGGAGAUUGAGAGGACCUUCUUGCACUCCUGAACUUUUGAGAGUGCCAAACAGCAGCAGAUGCAGACCACUCAGAAUCCUGAACGGAGAACCCUCUCAGCCAAGGUGGUUACCUGAUGAAGAAGAGCCACAGGACCAAGAACUCCAACAACUGCAGGAGGCAGCCAAUGUGUUCAUGCCUCUACAUUCUCAGGACAAUACACCUAAGGCUUUCCAAAAGCAGGCUCAGGUUCCACAGUAUCUAUAUGGGGGAGUUCAGGUGUGCAUGCCAGUACAGGUACAGAUUCAGGCACCUCCCCAACUAAGCAAAGCAGCCCAGGUGUGCAUGCCACUGCCUACUCAAGAUAACCAACCUAGUUCUCCAGAGGCACAGGCUCCCAUACCCAAAGAACAGCAGGAGGCCUUAGAAACAGAACAGCCUGAAGAUUUGGACCAGGUGCCAGAAGAAUUUCAGGGGCAAGACAGGGCGCCUGAACAGCAAAGGCAGGGCCAGGCUGCUGAACAACAGCAGAGGCAGAAUCCAGUUCCUGAGCAGCAUCCAGAGCAGAAUAGGGAGCCUGAGCAAGCUGAGGUACAAGAAGAGGCUGUUGAGCCUCCACAAGCUGAGAUUGAGGAUAAGGAACCUGAGGUAAUACAAGUGCAUGCCCAGGUGUUCCUGCCAUUACUGUCCCAGAACCAUCACGUGCUCCUGCCUCUUCAUAUGGAUACACAGUUGCUAAUUCCAGUAGGGGAACAAAAUGAAGAGGCACCUCAAGCACAGGCCUGGAAUCUAGAGGCCUCAAGGGCAGUUGGCGCAGUGCAGGCACUGAUAGAGGGACUAUCCAGGGACUUGCUCCGAGCACCAAAUGCAUAUAUCUCAAAACCACUUGGUCCGCUGCAAAUCUUCUUGGAAAAUUUGUCUACAGACGGAUUUUACACUGAACCAGAACCGACACAGAAGAAAAAGUCAAGAGUUUCUAGUCUAAAGAAAGCAAUAGUAAAACGACUAAGACCCAAGAGAUUCAGGGCAAAGGCAAUAUGGAGACUUGAAGAUUUUGAAUUCUCAGAUUUAGAAGCCAGCAGGAGACGGCGCCAGCGUAGAUGGGAGGAGAUCUUUAAUCAGCACGAAGAGGAACUGAGACAAGUUGAAAAUGAUAGAGAAGAUGACUCAUCAGACAAUGAUGAAGUGUUUCAUUCAAUUCAGGCUGAAGUCCAAAUAGAACCACACGCUCAAAAUCCUACAGGAAAUGAGGUCCCAGAGAGAUCUGCUCCUAUGCCUUGCAACCGGAAUCGUGCGCAUCGUGUGAAAUUUUCUCCAAGUGUCGGUGAGGAGCCUCCUUUGGAAGAAGCUCGGCCCAUAGACAUCAGACCAAGGAAUUGCCUAAAUCCUCAGAAUUUUCAAGCAGAAUCAGAAUCAUCUUCUGAGGAGGAUAGUCCUGUGACUAGGAGGAAGUCCCAGUCAUCGCCACCUUAUUCUACUAUUGAUCAGAAGUUACUGAUUGAUAUCCAUGUUCCAGAUGGAUUUAAAGUGGGAAAAAUAUCACCCCCUGUGUACUUGACAAAUGAAUGGGUAGGCUAUAAUGCACUCUCUGAAAUCUUCUGGGAUGAUUGGGUAAUGCCUUCACGUCCCACUCAGCCACCUGUAGAAGAUGGUGAUUACGUUGAACUCUAUGAUGCUGACGCUAAUGAUGCAGCUUCAAACAAUGCUUAUGAAGAUUCCGAUGAAGGUGCCAAUGGCCAUGAUGACUUGAAUAACCGGGUUGAUCAGGCAAAUGGCUAUGAAGGCCAUGGUGCUGCUAACUACAAUGGUGAUAAUCGUGGUGCUGCCAAUGGGCCAAGGGCAAAUUAUCGCAGAGGGGGAAUCUUGAAGAACGCUGGUAAUGACAGAAAUGAUCUAAAUCGGGGAGCUUUCAGAGCCUAUGGAGACAAUGAAGCCAGAAAUUACGGUGGAGCUGCCAGUGGAGCAAGUGCAGCCUUUGGAAGCCAGGAAGGACAUGAAGCUGAUAGACGCAGUCGAAGAGGUAACAGAUACAGGGGAGCCAAUGGAGGCAAUGAAGAGAAUGGAGCAUGUGGAAUGGAUCAACAUGUAUUCCCAGAUUUUGAGCGUGAACAUGAGGAAUCAGAUCGUGGAACUGAGACCUCAGAUUCAAUUGCCUUGGAGAUCGCAUCCCUUGAUGGUGAGCAAAACAGCGGUAUACCAGCAGCAGCAGCAGCACCUGGCUUUCCUAUCAGGCGCUCAACUUCCAGAGGCUCUGAUAAUGACAUUGGGAGUGACAUUUCAUAUAACACACCACUAAUGCAUGUGUAUGAAAAGGAAUUCUCAUCUGAGGUCUACUGUGGUUCUUUGUGGGGAGUCAAUUUGUUGCUGGGCACCCAAUCUCAUCUGUAUCUGAUGGACCGAAGUGGAAAGGCAGACAUCAUUAAACUUGUAAAGCGUAGACCAUUCCGCCAGAUUCAAGUCGUGGAGUCGCUCAAUUUGCUGAUUACUAUCUCUGGCCGUAAGAACAGACUUCGUGUGUAUCAUCUGAGUUGGCUGAGGAACAAGAUUCUGAAUAAUGAUCCAGAAAGUAAGAAAAGGCAGAAGGCAAUGCGGAAGACAGAGGAAACUUACAAAGCUAUGGAUAAGCUGAUUGGCUGUGAACACUUCAGUGUCCUUCACCAUGAAGAAACAACAUACAUUGCAGUUGCUGUGAAAUCAUCAAUUCACCUCUAUGCAUGGGCACCAAAAUCAUUUGAUGCACGCACCGCCAUUAAAGUGUUUUCAACUCGUGAUGUUAAGCCAGUGACAGUUGACCUGGCUAUUGGUUCUGAGAAAACACUGAAGAUUUUCUUCAGCUCAGCUAAUGGAUAUCAUAUCAUCGAUGCAGAAUCUGAAGUUAUGUCUGAUGUGACCUUGCCAAAUAAUAAUGUCGUCAUUUUACCUGAUUGCUUGGGACUUGGCGUGAUGCUCUCCUUUAAUGCUGAAGCUGCCUCUGAAGAGGCAAAUGAACAACUCCUCAAGAAGAUCCUUGACGUGUGGAAAGACAUACCGUCUUCUGUGGCUUUUGAGUGUACAAAGAGAAUCACUGGAUGGGACCAAAAGGCUAUUGAAGCUCGCUCUCUACAGUCAACUAUUCUCGAGAAUGAGCUGAAGCGCCGCUCAAUCAAGAAACUGAGAUUUCUGUGUGCUCGUGGUGACAAGCUGUUCUUUGCUUCUACACUGAGCAAUCGGCGCAGCCGUGUUUACUUUAUGAGCCUUGGAAAACUUGAAGAGCUCCAGAGAAGCUAUGCAGUUUAAAGGGGUCCAGUGAUCAACUACAACAUUUACAUCCAUCACAUAUAUUCCAUUGCAUCCUAACAUUGGAGUUUCAUCAUUAGGGGAAAACUUUCAUCAGAGGCUUUUAAAGUAGCACAGAAUAGUUUGGAUAAGAAAUGCAGCUUUAUAAAGAAAACUAUAGCAAGCUCUAUGUACUCCAGUGGUGUACAAUCUGUUUUGCACAAACUUUGUAACUGUUGUUACUGUGAAUUUAAACAUUUCUCUUAGGACAGUUUGGACAGUAUCUGUAUUCAGAUUUACAGCAUGGAGUAAAGAAACCUGUUAUAAAUUACAUCACCAGCAACUUUCAAAGGAAUUGGCCCUAAUUAAGCUUUUCCAAACCAAAAAAAUAUAUACGUGAUUUUUUUCCAAGCGAAGGUUAGAUUAAAAGAUAAAACAUAAUGAAUUUUACAACCCAGACGAAGGUUGAACAACCUGUGUGCACAAGGAAAAUUACAUUGAUCAAGGGGAACAUGCUACGCAAUUCGUUAUCACAAUAAGUCCACAGUUAAAGACCAAUUGUGAUUUUUUUCCAGCCCCUUGUUAAAUUAGAUUUCUCUAAAUAAGAAAGAGAAAAAAAGCAUGAGAUGCUUGCUUCUGCCCUCCUAAAGGCCCCAAAUAUGUAUAAUAGCUGUUUUUACAAACUACCAAAUGAUAUAUUUACUAUCUUGAAUACAGGACUGAACUCCAAUGCACAUGUACUGUAGAAAGUUUUUUUUUAAUGCAUCAAAGUAGGCGUCAAAUUUUGUCCCCCAAAUUGGCUGAGUUUUGAAUUUUAUUAUAUAGCAAUACUGUGACCAUCAGACAACAUUAAAUAUUUUUAAAUAUUUAAAUAUAUUUUAAAUACAUUAAAUUAUAUAAAAUGCCCUUAGUGUUAUUAAGCAAAGUAACGCAACAAAAGGAAAAGAAUGUUGAUAGAUAAAAAUUAUAUUUUCACAUUUUUAUCACUAUCAAUUCAGAAAUUAAGAUAAUCAAGGUGAUAAUCCAAAUUAGAGUCAUUUGUUCUAGAUAUGAAAAUUACAAGAAUUUUAAAAAAAUAUAACAUCCAUUAUAUAUCAAAGUCUGCAAAAUUGAAGUAGUGAAAUUCAUGCCAGUCCAUAUCCAAAUAUUUUAUAGACGCCAAAAUAGGUGACAUUUGCUCACCUAUGGUAACUGCUACCUGAUUUUUUUUUUAAAGCGUGAUUUAUACCUAUCCAUCCUCAAAGACAUGGUUAGUUCUGGGGUAAUAGAAAAAGCUACAGAACCUACCACAAAGUAUACCUCAAUAAGUCCUCUAGUUCUUCUUCUCAAAUCUGAAGACUAUGCUAGAAGGAUAAUAAUUUUUAAACUACCUGAUUAACCAAAACAAAAAGCAGCUGACUGUGUGUGAUUUCCUGAUAGUAUAUCAUUUCCUGGCACCUUUGUGCCAGAAAUGAAGAUUUGGAUUUUCCUAAUGAUUUCUAUCAAGAGUGUAGCAACUCAGUAUUCAGAUUAUAGGAGAACCUGAAUCCAGACGUUAAAUGUGAUUCGCAUUUCUGUUACUGUGACACACUAAUGUGAUCCUAAAACUGGCUUAUCCUUGAGUGUUUACAAUUCAAAUUACUUUUUUAAGUUCAGUAGUUAUUUUGAAUAAGCAAACUUUAAUGUCAAAUUAAUACCUUAGAAGUAGUUUUCUUU